AAUAAUUGGCGCUGCCGUCUCUCCUCCUGAAGCAGAGCAUGGAUGAGUCUCUCCAGAAGCGUUUCCUCCGGUCGCUUCGCCUUUAGGACGACAGAUUCCUGCUCAUCCACCUUUUGUCCAGGCGGCCUGUUCGCUGUGUCUGAUGCAAAACUCCAUUAAGUGUGUGGUGGUGGGGGAUGGGGCUGUGGGUAAAACAUGUCUGCUCAUCAGCUACACCACCAAUGCCUUCCCAGGGGAAUACAUCCCCACAGUAUUUGAUAAUUAUUCUGCCAGUAUGCUACUGGACGGGAAACCAGUGUCCCUGGGUCUGUGGGACACAGCAGGACAGGAGGACUACGACAGACUCAGACCUCUGUCCUACCCUCAGACGGAUGUGUUCCUGGUCUGCUUUUCAGUGGUCAGUCCAGCUUCUUAUGAAAACGUCCGUACCAAGUGGAGUGUGGAGCUGAAGCACCACUGCCCCAACACCCCCAUGAUCCUGGUGGGCACCAAGUCCGACCUGAGGGACGACAAGGACAUGCUUGAAAAGCUGAAGGAGAAGGACCUCUGUCCCGUCACCUACCCCCAGGGUUUGGCCUUAACCAAGGAAAUAGGUGCGGUGAAGUACCUGGAGUGCUCGGCUCUGACGCAGCGCGGCCUCAAGACCGUGUUUGAUGAAGCCGUCAGGGUGGUGAUGUGUUCUGUGACCGCUCCCAACCAGAAGGUCAAGAAGAAGUGCGCCAUGAUAUAGUGAGAUCCGCAGAGCCACUGUCACAAGAAUACACCGUCAAUCAACUAGCACUUCUCAGACAGUCAGUCUCAAUACAAAGUCGUCAAAUGCAAAUAUACAAGCAACAACCAAUAAUCUUCUGAAAACCCAGUCGCUACUGUGGCUUUAGCUCUAGGUUCCACCCGCUGACCUUUCUCAGAAGACUUGGGAAGGGUCUGCAGGGUUCGUGGGCUAUGAGCAAAUCUCAUAAACAGGUUGGUGUGGAGCAUAGGAGACUCCAAAUGUGCCCUUUCACCUUCACUAACUACCUCCACCCCCAAAGUCCCUUGAAUAUCCAAGGAUACUAUUAGCGGUCUCAUGAAUCUUUAAUGUUUUUAUGAACCUGAAGUGAUCUCUUCUCUUAGUAGUGUCUGAAUAUCUGUCAUAAUGUCUGAAUAUGAAGGAUUAUCUCGUUUUGUUUUCUUAUAAAUAGUCAUUAUCCAUGUUUGGUUGUAAAUUAAAACAGUGAUUAAUGCUUUAAACUCUGAGGUGAGCCUGUGUUUUCAUUGGUUUCAUGUUUGAAGCCUUUCAUGUGACGAAGAGUUUCUCUGCAUUCCCCGUCUCUCAAUGAGUCAAACGCCUGUAAAUAAAAUGUUCCUUUUUUUCUUAUUGGCCACAUGUUUCCUCCGGCUGGUUCUGAUUGGCUGAUCAACCCCCUGUGACGACUCCUUCACCCAGAAGCUCUUGGCUCAGAGCCAACCUAGCAAAAAAAAAAUCGUUUGCUCCGUGUGCUCAGAAAAUCUGUUUGUGAUGAAUGUUUUUGUUGGCAUUUUCACUUUGCUACAUUUGUUUUGUUCGUCGCACCUGAAAAGCUUGUUUCCUGUUGUUGAUCGUGUGACUGGUGUGACGCGAAAAAAGUGUUCCCAUUGAGAAAACGUCAUCCUAGUGCCAAAAAUCUUUACCAAAUGAGAGUUUUUUCGACCACAUUUAUUUUUGAUAUGUGGUUUGAUAGCUGUUGCUACGGGCACUGUGACGCAAACAUGGGAGCGCUGUUCUGUUCAGUUUGCCUAUGUCGAUGUGCGUCAGAUAAACUUAAAUUCAUUAAUAUGUCAAAUUGUGCAGUUACUCGGCCCAUGGAAAUGCUAAGGAGCAUUUCUUCCCUGUUUGUGUCAGUCAGAUACAAAACCAAGGCAGGAUUCUGUCCAAACAUCCAAAGCAUGAACCAGAGGAACCAGUCCCUCUCUGCUGCACACAACUUAUCCUUAAUCCCUGUUUGUCCAGCUGCUGUGCUGGGAAUUUCCCAGUAAGCAGCCUAAGAGAUGAGCAUCAGGACUACAGGUUUUCAAGGCCGUCUGGUUCAUUGGCAGGAGAUCCAGACCACAACAAGGUGUUCUUCUUUUUCUAAUGUGUUUUCCUGGUGCCAGUGAAAUUUGACUAAGGUGGCUCUGAAACUUUAAAUGUUUCCUUUUCUCUUCUUUCUUACGUUGAAGAAGGGAGACUUCCAGUCCGCUUUCAAAUUUAGGCUGCAAAAUGCCUGACUUUACUUUAAACUUUACAUAAAUGUUAACUUAAUGUUCUUUUUUUUGCUCAUAAAGGUUCCUGUCUUAGCUCUAGUGGUUUUUUGUGGAUUUUUUUUUUUUUUUUUUUUUGCAGCAUUCUUUUUCCCCAUGUUUUUUAUUGGAAUCUUCUGAAAAUAAGCCAUUACAUAAUGUUCACUAGAUCCUUUUUGAUCACAUAAUCUGUUAGCUUUCUGUAGUAUUUUUCAUGUAGUUUUGAUGGAAGUGUAAUCAUAUCACUGAUGCUGAAUAAAUCUUAAAUCUGA